UCUCAAAGCACUAACUUGACUGAUCACAUACGUACACAUACUGGUGAGAAACCUUAUCAUUGUGAUAUCUGUGUUAAAUCAUUCUCUCAAAGCACUAACUUGACUGAUCACAUACGUACACAUACUGGUGAGAAACCUUAUCAUUGUGAUAUCUGUGGUAAAUCAUUCUCUCAAAGCACUAACUUGACUGAUCACAUACGUACACAUACUGGUGAGAAACCUUAUCAUUGUGAUAUCUGUGUUAAAUCAUUCUCUCAAAGCACUAACUUGACUGAUCACAUACGUACACAUACUGGUGAGAAACCUUAUCAUUGUGAUAUCUGUGGUAAAUCAUUCUCUCAAAGCACUAACUUGACUGAUCACAUACGUACACAUACUGGUGAGAAACCUUAUCAUUGUGAUAUCUGUGUUAAAUCAUUCUCUCAAAGCACUAACUUGACUGACCACAUACGUACACAUACUGGUGAGAAACCUUAUCAUUGUGAUAUCUGUGUUAAAUCAUUCUCUCAAAGCACUAACUUGACUGACCACAUACGUACACAUACUGGUGAGAAACCUUAUCAUUGUGAUAUCUGUGUUAAAUCAUUC